CCUUCCCCGCCGGCCCCACCGCGGCCAUGGCCGAGCUGAAGUCGCUGGGCAGCGAGGCGUACCUGGCGCUGGCCCCGGGCUACGGCCCGUCGGCUUUCGCCUACGGCGCGGUACGCGGCGGCGGCGAGGGCCCGCGGGGGGCCUACGCGGGGGGCGGCGGCGGCGGGGCGGACUUCCACGCCGGGGCGCUGGGCAAGUCGGCGGAGAGCAGCGGCGAGCAGAGCGGCGACGAGGAGGACGGCUUCGAGGCGGCGGUGAAGGGCGGCGCGGCCUUGGAGCGGGAGGGCAAGCUGAAGGGGGGAGCGCUGGGCAAGAAGCCCAAGGAGCAGCGCUCGCUGCGCCUCAGCAUCAACGCGCGGGAGCGGCGGCGGAUGCACGACCUCAACGACGCCCUGGACGGGCUGCGCUCCGUCAUCCCCUACGCGCACAGCCCCUCGGUGCGGAAACUCUCCAAAAUCGCCACGCUGCUCUUGGCCAAGAACUACAUCCUCAUGCAGGCGCAGGCCCUGGAGGAGAUGCGGCGCCUCGUGGCCUACCUGAACCAGGGGCAGGCGCUGAGCGCCCCGCUGCCCGCCACCCUCAACCCCUUCGCGCAGUCGGCCGUGUACCCGUUCGGCGGCGGCGCCGCCGCGCCCGGCUGCCCCGAGAAAUGCACUGCCUUCACGGGAGCCGCCUCGGCGCUCUGCAAACACUGCGGCGACAAGCCCUGAUGCCGGCCGCUUCCCCUUCGGCGGCUUCUCUUUAUUUGCUGUUCCUUUGCUUGUUUGCUGCGCGCUUUUCUUCCCACUGCCAUCAGCCCUGGCUUCCUGCCAUCAGUUAAGUCUGGGUUUUCUUUUGGUUUGUCUUAAGUAACUUCUCAUUCCCCCCCCCCUUUGGAAAUACUUGACAGUUUAUUUGGACUCAGACACACUCACUUUUAAAUCCACUUAGUUUAACAUCUUCCCCCAGCCCCUCCAUGCAACUUUCUGUAGUUAUUUCCUUCCCAGCCUGUUAAUGGACUGUGAGCGUAACGUCUUGUUGCUUGCUGUCGCCUGCAGAGUUCUCAAGCAGCUUUUAAACAAAACUGUAGAGAGGAGGACCUGGAAAAAAAAACUCUUGAGUUUUCUUUAGAAUGAGAGACCUAGGCAAAAAGCAGUGUGGUGUUCGUUCUUUUUUUCUUUUUACUUUCCUCAAAAAAAAAAAAAGAUAUGCAACAUUGCAAAACUGCAUCCAAAGCAGGGGGGUUCCUAUACACCCAGCUGAGAUUUGACUAUACCUGCAAAUCGCAAAUGAAAAUGUCAGUUGGUGGGCAGGGGGCAUAGUGUACCGAUAAAACUGCAGGGGCUUCACAGUAAGAUGCAUUUACUUUGCUUUAAAAGAAAGAACGAGUAAGAACCUGUUCAUGAA